ACCGGCCCUCCCGCACCUGCGCCCGCCCUCACCGCCGCCUGCUCGCCCACCUGGCCGCGCUCGGCACAGCAGCCGCCGCCGCAGCAACAUGUUGCCCAGGGGAGCCUCGUCCAUGCCGCCGCCUCCCAACCCCACUCCCUACUUCCCGCCUCCGCGGGUCACGCUGCCCUCCGGCCUGGAGAUCCUGCGCACCUUCUCGGGAGCCGUCAUCUUCCUGGAGAUCGUGUUUGGAACAAUAGUCUGGAUUUUGGUCGCCUCUACCCAAAUUCCACUGCCACUGCUGCAGGGAUGGGUAAUGUUUGUGGCAGUGACAGCGUGGUGCCUGUCCAUUGUCUUCCUCUCUGUGUUCCUCUUUGGUUAUGCAAAUAGAAUUGCAGUCAACUGGAACCAGGCGGAUUUUAUUUUCCAUGGGGCUACUUUUGUCUUUUAUUUUGGAGCAUUUCUACUGCAAGCAGCAACUACAUCUCUGCAUUACUUUCCCCGCAAAUUCAACUCCACCACACAAGAGACGAUUCUAAGUGGUCGCGAAUAUAACAUAAGCAUAGCAGCCUCGAUUUUUGCCUUUGCAACAGCUAUUUGUUAUGGUUGCAGCACAGCCCUGGCAUUAAGGAGAUGGAGGCUAAAUAACAGCUGAAGACAGAUGCCUGUGCAACAUCUUGCUGAAAGCAGUGGGAUGCAAAGCGGUCCGCCCACUAUGGAGUUUGCUUUUCGCACGAAUGAUGUUUCAUUGAGCCUCUCUUGGAUAUCCUGGUGUGUGAUGACAUGCAAUAUUAUAUACAGAAAAUUGAUUUAGCAAAACUAAACUCUAGCAUUGUGCUCUGCUCCCUGACACUCAUGUUGUUUUGCACAUGGUGAAGCUUUUGUUAUUUUGCUAGUAAAUAAUUUUUGCUUUUGUGAAUAGUGCCAAAAAGAUAAGCUGGGACAGUAGAGGCUCCCUGUCAUUUGUAAAACAACUUGUUCACUACAUCUUGCCAGUGCACCUGAUUAUUCUGCAGAGACCAGCAGUGGUUGCAUAAUGGAAGACAGGAUUUCCUUCAUUCCCAGGCCUACUCACUCUCCUUGAGCCAACAAGGGUGUCUGCCAUGGAGGUUACUUUAUCAAACUUGUCAGGUACAAGGAUCUCUGAGGGGCAGCCACCCUCAGCAGUGCCCUGCUGAUCCAGGGCAGGUUCUUGGGGAUGGCACAGCAGUGAGUGGCACCCUUCUGACUAUGGAACCACUUGGUCAUCCUGAAUUACUACAAUGGGAUGUUGUCAUUUAUCUGUUUUCUAAGAUUUUUGCACUCUGCCUGAUUUUUUUCCCCUAAUUCUCUCCUUGCAUUGAAAUUUUUUUUCAACAUUUUACCUAGUCAUAUACUUUUUAAAAUAUUUCAUGUUGUACAAAAUACAUUUACACUGGAGUAUAUGGAUGAAAGUAUAUAACAAAGACUUAUGCUAAGCAGCAUUAAAGUUACUUAAUAUAUUUA